GGUAUAUAUGGGAAGGGAGGAAUCGAGGAGGUUGAAUGAAUCAUCACCAUCGAAAUAGAAGGGAGUGUCACGUCACUUGACCCGCAGUAAAUUGGUUUGGGGAAGGCAUGGAAAUGAUCGGCGAGGAGUACGAACACUACUGGGAAACUCACACUUUCUUACAAUCGGAGGAGUUAGACAGGUAUUUGGAGGAUGCCAGCAUCCCGUCAGCAGCGGCGGCGGCAGGAGCGUAUUACGAUUCAAGCUCGCCGGAGGGAUCGGCUGCAUCGAAGAACAUAGUUUCGGAGAGGAACCGAAGAAAAAAGCUGAAUGAGAGGCUGUUCGCACUGAGGGCCGUCGUUCCCAAGAUCAGCAAGAUGGACAAAGCAUCGAUCAUCAAAGACGCAAUCCAGUACAUCCAGGAGUUGCGGGAGCAAGAGAGAGCAAUUCAAGCUGAGAUAUGGGAGCUGGAGUCCUCCUCUACUCCCAAUGGGUUGGAAUUCGAUGACGCCGGAGGACUGAGCCGCUCCAAUUCCAAGAGGAGCAGGCGGCCGCCGCCGGGAGCUGAUGAGGGGGCCGCCGCCGCCUGUGAUGGUCGCCGCAACAGUGACUCCUCCUCCUCGUCUCAUCAUCCCCCGCUUCAUCUUCUGGAGCUGAGGGUGUCAUCAAUGGGGGAAAAAAUAUUGGCGGUGAGCCUGACGUGCACCAAAAGAAGGGACACUAUGAUUAAACUCUGUGAGAUUUUUGAGUCUUUAGAAAUCAAAGUCAUAAGUGCAAACAUCACUACUUUCUCCGCCACCAUUCUCAUCACUGUUUUCAUUCAGGUACCCAAUUAUCCUCCCCUCAUUGCUUUAUUUAAAUAAAAUGGAUCAUCGUGAUACAAAGAACCUCGAUCUAGGAACCUAGUUUAAGUGUCACAUUUUAUUUAUUUUUCUAGGCACAGUUAUAUACUAGUAUUACUCUAUCAUUUCCUUUGUGUAGUUUCAUGUGAUUAUUAAAACUUGGAGUUCAGUCUUAAAAGGUUAAGUGAUAGUGAUGAUUAGCACAAGAAUUUAUAUGUUAGUUUAUAUUUUCAUACACGGUCGCUGUGAAACAAUCUAAUACGUCCCCGUAAGAUAAUGACUCAUUGGAGUAGAUCAAUCCUAUUUUCCGUGUGCUCGUUAGCUGAUGCGACCGAUCUAACCGGAAGCUUGUUGGGAACAAUAUUGAUGACAUUGGGAGUCGAAAUAUUAAACUCACACGUUAGUGUUGCAAGAUAGCGUGGGACAACCCGCACGGGUAGCUCAGUUGGUCGAGUGGUGGGAAAAUUGGACCAAAUGACCAAGGUUCGAAACCCGCAGCGACCGUGUGGAGGUUACAGAAUCUGAAAUAAGGUUGGACCUCUGAUGCGCACGUGUAUAAGGCCUACCGCCGCUUUGCUGAUUGACUCACCGUGAUUAACUUCCCCACCAUCCUGUCGGGUCGGGGUGGGGGCUCCUGGGGUGGGAGAUUCCACCUUUUGGACCAAGAUAGCGUGGGAAAAUAGAAAGUUGAUGUCUAUAGUCUAUAGAAACCGGAGGACGACUAAUGUAGCAAGGGAAUAAUAGCAGGAGAUCUAGAUAAAGUGGGCCCCAUGUAAAUGCCACCUAAUUGUGUACCAGAAGAUAAGGGACGAGUAACUAUAGCAAAAGAGUCCAAGUGAAGGCAUUAUCUUUCUUGUGCAACUCUGUGAACCGCAUUGUGCACCGUUUUGUAUCAUUCUCAUUUCUCUCUGGAAGAAAUAUUCUCACCAGAUCCAAAUCAUAUAUGUGUGUGCAUAUUAUAUACAAUAAUGAUGAGAGGGUUCUUGGUUCCGGUUAAAUCUUUAGAGAAACAGUCUAGAGGGCGGUGAAUAGACUGUUCUUGGAUUAUCUUUUUGUGUCUUAACGGAAUCUGUUUGUUUAUAGAGAGUUGGCAUAGAUCUUGACAAACUUGGCUCGACUACGGAAAUUGUAAGUUCGGUCAGGUUGUCUAGAAACACUAAGGUAGAUUCGCCCGUUGAAUCACUUGACCGAAAUCUGUGUAGGCACAGAAUCCACACUCUUGAGAUAUCACAUUUACCCAUGUACACAAAUGUAAAAGUAAUACUACCUCCGUCCCGGUAAGCUUUGCCAAGUGUAGUAAUAACUGUGUGGUUGAGAUUUGUGCAGAGGAGAGAGAAAUGUACAGAACCACAAAUUAGUUGCUUUAGUAGGAAAGUGACAAAGUUUUUUGGGACAAUCAAAAAAGAAAGGUUGGCAAAGUUUCGUGAUGGCUGACCGUUUCGUCGGAAUUAUGCAAGUAUCAUCACUUCACUCUGAUUAAUUUGGCGCCUCUUCUUUUGCAUGAAGUAAUCCUUUGUAAGAAUAAGAAAGUGUAUCAUCCAACUUCUCCAUAGAAGAUAUGUUGUUGUGGCUUUCAUAGGUUGUUGAAGAAUGAGGACGAACUUUGUUGAGAGUUGGAUGGAAUAUAUGAGAUGUAAAUAUUCUAAACUCUAGUUGGAAUUCUUCUGUUUAGUAUGAAGUUGUUUGAUCUAAAAAAUUUGGUAGUUGAUUUUCAUAGUUCUUAGUUUAUAUGUUCUUUUAAGUGUAUCUAAAAAAUAGUCUGUUUUUGUGUUGGAGUGAAAAAGAAACUUCAUUUAAUGCUUGUCCUGUUGAUCUCAGAGUGUCAGAUCCAAGAUUCCUGGUUAUCCUUCAUUUUGGAAUAUUAUGGGAUACUCCCUCCGUCUCACUAUAAUUUCUCAUUUUUCCUUUUCCGUUCGUCCCACUAAAUUUGUUUCAUACCAUAUUUGGUAAUAUUUUUUGACUCCAAUUCAUUCUUACUGUAUUCUCACUUUAUCAAUUCAUUAACAACCACAUACAUCUACUUUUCUUAAAACCGCACUACUCUCCUUUAUCCCAAUGUUAGGGGGACGUGUGAAAGGAAAGAAUCUCCUUGCAUAUUUGUGCAUAUCUUUAUUUUAGGGUGUAAGACCAGGGACUGGUUUUGUGAAAGGAAAGAAUCUCCUUAUAUAUUGGUGCUUAUCUUUAUAUAAGGGCGUAGGAUCAGGGAGUGAUUUAUGUUUGAUUACAUUUCCUUUUUUAGGGUUAUAUAUAGGGCACUUUACUAUGUAGUAUUCUUAUCAUAAAUACAAUAGUUUUGCUUAUCAAUUUACUUGGCAGAGCCUCUUCUCUGGCGCCUUCUUCCCAUCAGAAGACAUCUCUGGUUCUAGUUUUAUCUACAACCAUCAGCAACGCCCUGCACCAUAAAACACUGGUUGAGGACCCUCUCCGGAGCUCCGACCGUCUCCAGACGGGUUGUUCCCACCAUAUGACCCAUGAUUCCUCUCUUCUAGUUAAAUGUGUCUCACCCAUCUCCUCCAUUAGUGUGUUGCCACUGCAAAUGGAUCUCCCAUGCAUGUUGUUUCCAUUGGCUCUAUCCGUUCUACAUCUUUGUCUAUUCCAAAUGUCUUUUAUGUACCUUAGUUAACUCUAAGCCUUCUGUCCUUUAGCCAACUAUUUGAUUCUGGUUUUGAUGUUGUGUUUUCUCUCUGGUUGUGUUGUGCAUGAUCAGAAAUCCAAGAGGCGGAUUGGGGCAGGCCAUAGAGUGGUGAUCUCUAUCUCUUGGAGCACUUCCACGUUCUAAUAAAAUGCUCUCCCACUGCCGCAUCAUCUUUUCAAUUAGAUCAGAAGUCGUCUCCCUUUCAUCUUUGGCAUUCUGGAUUAUGACACUUGUCUAGUGAUCGUUUUAAACUUUCAGUUCGGUUUGGUUCUUUGGGUCAAAUUUCUACUAUUCACAUUUCAGAAUAUAGUGGUUGUAAACUUGCAAAAAUGUUUGCAUUACCUUUUAAUAAAAGCAGUUCCAUCUCUUCUGCUCCUUUUGAACUUAUUCAUACUGAUUUAUGGGGUCCUCCCCCUAUUGCUAUAAAGGGUGGAUUUUUUUUUAUUAUGUCUCAUAUGUGGAUGAUUACAGUAGGUACACAUGGAUUUAUCUACUAGCACACAAGUCUUAUUUCUAUAAUAUUUUUCAAACUUUUCAAGCUACGAUCCAAAAUAAGUUUUCUGCAUCUAUAAAAGUUUUUCGAUCUGACUUGGGUGGGGAGUAAAGUCCUAAACAGUUUACAUCCUUUUUAACUAAACUUGGGAUCAUUCAUUAAUCCUCGGGAUCAUUCAAUAAUCCUCUUGCAGUGAUACUCCUUCCCAAAAUGGUCACAUUCUUAACACUCCUUGGUCUCUCAUGUUAUCAUCCUCUGUGCCUUCUAGUUUCUGGGGAGAAACUGUGCUCACAGCAACAUAUCUCUUGAAUCGGACGCCUACCUCGAUACUCUCUAGUAGUUCUCCUUAUGAGCAUAUGGGCAAGUUCCAAGCUACUCCCUCCUUUGUGUUUUUGUUUCUACAUGUUUUGUCCUUCUCCCAAAGAAAGACCGCACUAAGCUCUGUGCCCGGUGUGUCAUUUGUGUGAUUUUGGGAUAUGGUAUUGAUCAGAAAGGUUGUCGGUGUCAUGUUCCUGUCACUAAGAAAUUAUAUACCUCCCACCAUGUCUCAUUCUUAGAGCGUCUCCCAUACUCCACCCUUCCCCCAUAUCUGCUCCCUUAGCCAAAGAGGACCAAACACAUAUUGACCCCUUUCCCGUAGAGGUGUCGUCCGAUGGAUAUACUUCUACCCUUGAUAUAUCUUAUAUUCCCGCCCCCUCCAACACCACCCUUGAUGUACCUGGUAGUUUCGUUGCUCCCUCAACAUCCAUAACACAGUUCCCUUUAGUUUAUUCUCGUCGUGCUGCUGCUCCAUUCUUGCCUCCCUGAUCAUCUGCCUCCCUAUCUGCCUCAGAUGAUUCUGAUCCGCCUACUCGCCGAUAUCUUUUUCGUGAAAAUUUAUCCCCCAGUAAAAUUUGCUCACAAUUGUUUCUCUUCUUCUUAUGAGUCAUUUUUUCUCGGAUUCAUAUAUAUUUUGAGCCUAGGUCUUAUAAAGAAGCUUGUAAUGAUCCUAACUAGAUAGAAGCCAUGAAUGUUGAACUCAAUGCUCUUGCUCAAAAUGAAACAUGGGAGUUGGUUCCUUUGUCAGCGGCUAAAAAUCUUAUUGGUUACAAAUGGGUUUACAAGGUAAAGACGCACUCUGAUAAGUCUUUGGAACGCUAUAAAGUUUGUAUGGUUGCUAAAGGCUUUUUUCAGGAGUAUGAGAUUGACUAUGAGGAGACCUUUGCUCCGGUUUCCAAACUGAUCACUGUCGCACACUAAUUUCUGUUGUUGUUCAUUAAUGGCCGCUUUAUCUGCUAGAUGUGAAGAAUGUCUUGCUCUAUGGGUAUCUAUCUCCCAUCCCUCUAGAUAUGUUUGCCAUCUCCGUCGUGCUCUCUAUGGAUUAAAACAAUCUCCCCAUGCUUGGUAUGCAUGUUUCCAAGAUGUGGCACUUCAUAUUGGUUUUCAACCUUGUAUGCAUGACUCAACACUUUUUCUUCACCGCACAUCUCAUGGUCUGGUUCUUCUCUUAUUGUAUGUGGAUGACAUAAUUAUUACUGGCUCCGAUUUUGCUGCUAUUAUUGCUGUAAAAGGCCAUAUUUUCCGUGAAUUUGAGAUGAAAGACUUGGGUCCUCUUCGGUACUUUCUUGGCAUUGAGAUUGCAUCUUCUCCUCAAGGUUAUCUUCUGGGUCAGUCUAAGUAUGGGACUGAUAUUAUUAUUCGUGCCCAUCUCACAUUUGACAAGACUGUGGAUACUCCUCUUGAGUUCCAUGCCAAGUUCUCCAAUUGUGAUGGUGUUCCGCUCGAGGAUCCCACUGAAUAUCAUGAGCUAGUGGGCUGUCUGGUUUACAUACAUACAUACAUACAUACACACACACAGAUAUAUAUAUAUAUAUA